UUUUCCCGGCGUGCUCCGCGGCUCCCGGCUCACUCCUGCCCGGUGCCUGGUGGGGAAAGGCCGAAAUGGCCGGUGCCCGCGCUGGGGCUACUCGGCUGCUGCUGCUCUUGCUGAUGGCGGCAGCAGCCCCCAGCCGGGCGCGGGGUAGUGGUUGCAGGUCCGGGGCCUCUGUGCGGGGGGCUGGGGCCGAAAGUCGAGAGGGCGAGGGCUGCGGCACCGUGGGGCUGCUGCUGGAGCACUCAUUUGAGAUCGAUGACAGCGCCCACUUCCAGAAGCGAGGCUCGUUGCUCUGGAACCAGCAGGAUGGCACUUUGUCUCUGUCACAGCGGCAGCUCAACGAGGAGGAGCGGGGCCGCCUCCGGGAUGUGGCAGCGUUGAACGGCGUGUACCGUGUCCGGGUCCCACGACGACCUGGGGCCCCUGAUGGCCCAGAACCCGGUGGCUAUGUCUCUUCCUUUGUCCCCGCGUGCUCCCUGCUGGAGUCUCACCUCUCGGACCAGCUGACCCUGCACGUGGACGUGGCCGGCAACGUGGUGGGCGUGUCGGUGGUGACACACCCCGGAGGCUGCCGGGGCCACGAGGUGGAGGAUGUGGACCUGGAGCUGUUCAACACCUCUGUGCAGCUGCAGCCGCCGGUCCCCACCCCGGGUCCAGAGACAGCGGCCUUCAUCGAGCGUCUGGAGAUGGAGCAGGCCCAGAAGGCCAAGAACCCCCAGGAGCAGAAGUCCUUUUUCGCCAAAUAUUGGAUGUACAUCAUUCCCGUGGUCCUCUUCCUCAUGAUGUCGGGAGCACCGGACGCCGGGGGCCAGGGCGGGGGCGGUGGCGGGGGCGGCAGCGGGGGCAGUGGCCGCUGAGGGGCCUGUGAGUUGCCCAGCAGGUCCUGGGGUGGACCCGGCCCUCCGGUCUCCCCGGCCCAGGAGGGUGGGGCGCACCUGGCGUUCCCGUCCGCGGGGAGUGGCUGGGUCUGGACCUCGCUGCACCCCACUUUCCCCGUGGCCCUGAUAUACCGCAGAGGCUUCCCUUGGCUGCAGGAUGGAGCCCGAGUUGCCCGUCCAGCGCUGAGCUCGCGCCGGUUCCCUCCCCGCUGCCACCGCCGCGGCUGCCGGGCCCUGCGCUUCUCAGCCUCUGUGCCUUUGUUCGUGGUCUCCUCGCCCCACCUGGCCCUGGCCGGGCUAGACGUCCCAUAGCGUGUCUGGCACUGGCUUGGGGUGCCGGCACCCUGGGGCUCCUUGGCAGCCCAGAGCUGGCACAGAGCAGGGGUGGGCGGGCCCUGGGGACCCCCAGCUCCACUCCGGGGAGCAGCCCUGUACCUGCCCACAGCCCUGCGCUCUGAACGGGGGUUGACCCAGCCAUCAGGAUGCCGGGCCCUCCAGAGGCUUCUGGGCUUGAAGAAGUGAAGGUGAACAUCAAAGCACCGUGGCGUCAGGGGCCAGACGAUGUAGCUAGAACCCCUCUCAGCCUAGAAUGUCUUCCUGGGACUUGGCUGGGGCUUUGCUGUUUGUGUGCCCCCCCCCCCGUUUAUUUAAAAAUUUAAAAACACUGACGAGACACCAUAUGGAAACGGAGAAACGUUUUGGAGGCGGUCAGGCGGUGCAGAUGUUACCGUGUCCCACGGGCCCUGUGUUGGGGUCUGCGAUGUGGCGACGCCCAAAUGGCCGCCGUUGUCGUGGUAGCGGUUUAUUAAAGCUGUCCCCCAGUGUGGACCCUCCA